GUUAAGGUUGGUGGAUUUGGGCUUGCCAUUCUUCCCAGUUCCCCAAAGUGUGCUGCCAUCCAUCUCUGCAUUUGGCUUGGUGGUUACAAAGGGACUCCAGUUACUGAUGCCCAUGUGACUUCUGAUACAUGUGGUGUCAAGAAGAUUCCUGCCAUGUGCGAUUUUCCAUCUGCCUUCUGAGAUAUCCCCAACACUCUUGUUGGGAAAGGUAACCGCCAGUUGAAGUACAUCAGUUUGGCUGUCUUGGUGGUACAGAAUGCCACUCUCAUUCUCAGCAUCCGCUAUGUACGCACCCUGCCUGGAGACCGAUUCUUUGCCACUUCGGCGGUGGUCAUGGCUGAAAUCCUUAAGGGAGUCACUUGCUUACUGCUCAUCUUCAUCCAGAAACAAGGUAACCUGAAACAGUUUGUCAGCUCUCUGUAUGACUCCAUUGUGGUGCAGUACAUGGACACACUCAAGCUAGCAGUGCCUUCUCUCAUUUACACCCUCCAAAACAACCUCCAAUAUGUGGCCAUUUCCAACCUGCCUGCAGCCACCUUCCAGGUCACCUAUCAACUGAAGAUCCUCACCACCGCUGUCUUCUCUGUGCUGAUGCUCCGCAAGAGCCUCUCCCGUCUCCAGUGGCUGUCCCUUGUGCUCCUUUUUGCCGGUGUAGCCAUUGUCCAAGUGGAACAACAGCAGACGGGGGGCAGAGUGACCCCCGGAGGCCAGGAGGUGCAACAGAGCUACCUUGUGGGGCUCGUGGCUGUGGUGGUGUCGUGCCUCUCAUCUGGUUUUGCCGGGGUCUAUUUUGAAAAGAUCCUCAAGGGAAGUGCAGCGUCAGUCUGGCUUCGUAACGUCCAGCUGGGCAUCUUUGGGACCUUGCUGGGGCUGUUGGGCAUGUGGUCCACGGAUGGGGCAGCCGUGGCUCAGCGUGGAUUCUUCUUUGGCUACACCCCACUGGUGUGGGGAGUGAUCCUGAACCAGGCCUUCGGUGGCCUCCUUGUGGCUGUAGUGGUGAAAUAUGCAGACAACAUCCUCAAGGGCUUUGCCACCUCCUUCUCCAUCGUGGUGUCCACCGUGGCUUCCAUCUACCUCUUUGACUUCCAUCUCAACCUGCUCUUUGCUCUAGGAGCAGGCUUGGUCAUAGGAGCUGUCUACCUAUACAGCUUGCCCAAAGGACCUUUGGCUAGCCGGUCCUUAAUGGGGACGGCUAUACAGCAUCAGGGUCAUGCAGCAGAGAGCAAAGAACUCCCUUCGGUGACAACAGAUGGCUACCUGUCCAAGUCAGUGCUGGUCAAUUGAGAAGAACAGACCACAUCUUCUGAACCUGUGGCUGGUUUUUUUUGUGAAGCUUUCUUAACACUUGUUCCCCCCAUCCUGUCCUGCCGUUCCACCCUCUACUUCUCUCCUGCCCUGUGGCCACCUCGGCUCCUUUCCUCCUUGUCAUCCCCUUGCCUUUUCUUUGUCCUUGAGUUUGUGCUGAUCAGGUCCCAUUACCCUUUAAGCUCACCGGACAGCUCCUUUCUUCUCAUUAAUUGGUUUCCUCUCCUCAUUAACUGGACCUGUAGUAUACAACUAAUCUGUACUCCCCUUCCACCUUCUUCUGCCGUGGCCAACUCAAGUUGCCCUGUUCCUUUCAGAUCCUUCAACUUUUAUAUCUGUUCCCCCACUGUCCUUAUUCAGGGACACUCCCUGCCCCAACAAGAAGCAGAGGAAGAGUAUGGCUGCUUUGGGAUCAGCCAUGUCCUUUGCCCCCCCCCCAAACAACCCCAAAACAUCUGUCUAGUUUGGGCAGUGCAGAGAAAAUUUACAAAGAGGUGUAUUUUUAUAUGAACACUUUGAAUGAAGGAUUGAACUGUAGUCGCAGUGCGUAAGGGGGUGGGCUGUACUCUGUGGGGAAUUACUUGCUCUUUGUUGAAGAUAUCUACUGUGAAACUAAACGAAGUCGGUUUCAAGUGGGAGAGAUAGAACUAGAUCCCUGUGUGUGUAUCUGAAAUUGGGGGAAGUCAGGAUUGUCUGCUGGGUAUGGAAACCAGGAAUGAGUGAGUGGGCUGCUAGGAGGUCCUGGUUCAAUUCUGACUGAAAAUCUGAGUGUCUGUGCAACCUACUAGAUUACAGGAGAAUGGGGGCUGGAUGUGCAUCAUCAUUUCUUGCCACCAGCCUGAAUUUGGUAUCCUUAGCACUUGAGGAUCCUUGGGGCAGGGAGGCAUAAAGCACUAGAUAUUAAUAAAGGUUUUGCAACGAGGGAAGACUUGGCCAGAUGAAAGCACAAGCUAACUCUCUCCUUUAACAUAUGAGGCAGUUGGACUGAAACUGUAGCAAUGGCGACGAAAACAUGCUAUUUGGACAGGGCUGCUGCCUGUGGACAAAGUGUGUAUGAAGUUAGACUUGUAUCAGGUGGAGAACAAAGGGAGGAAAGAAACCCUUCAAUGCCUUCCUAUGUAAAGGGGGGGGGGUCCUUGGAAACCAAGAUUUGUAUCCUGGCCCCUCUGGAACAGAGUGGCAUCCACUGAGAGUAUCUAUGCAUCAGGAUGCUUCCUGCUACUGACAGCUGAUACCAAUCUGCUGCUUUCAUAGAUCACAGAGUGGAUCCAGUGUGCGUGUUUCAAUGUGUGUCUAAACUGCCACCAUGAUUCCUGGCCAGCUUGCAGGUGCACCAUGUAUCUAUGGCCCAUUAAGGUGAAGGCAGCCGUACAUGUCUCAUCUGCCACGUGCUUCUGGCGUCGUAUGUCCGAGUGGGCAUCUAGUCCAGCAGUGCCUUGUGAGGUGCUCGCCACGGCGGUUGGGCUGCAGUCAGCUUGAUGGUUCACAUCUUGUGCAGAUUUGAACUGAAACAUGAUGGAAGGGGAGUCAGGCAGUGUCCAUCGUGGUGCCUCAGUUUCUAUCCUCUGUUAACAGUCGCGUGAGGGUUGCUAGGAUUUAGACUGCCUUUUUCCUAAACGCUUGUGAUUCUGUGUUGCCUGGCUGGUUGCGAUAUUGGGGUACUGGGCAGUACUAACCCUAGAUGUGGGGUUUAGGUGUUAGGUGUGGAGGUUGGUGGUUUUCCCCCCCUGUUCUGGCUGGGCUGGGAUGAGAAGAUUAUGAAAAAUAACACUGUGUUAACUGGGUUUUGUUUUUUGUUUUUAGAUUUGCUGAUCAUUUUCUACAAAUUCUGCUUUUUUAAAAGGAGAAAAACAAAGAGCCUGUACUGUUUGCCAAUGUACAUAAACCACAGAUGAAUAAAGAGAGUGUAUUUAUUUA